AUGAGGCGCUCAAGAAAAGAUCAGAAAUCAGGAUCAUGGAGACAUAUGGAAAUUAAUAAGGAACGUUUACAAAAAUUUAAAAACUCACCAUGCAAACAACUUCAUUAUCGGUCGAAUUCAUUUAGUGCAAUCGGUUGUCGACAAACUGAACAAAUGGCUGGAUCAAUAAAAUUAUUUUACUUAUAUGAAGAUAAUAAUUGUUCAAACAUCAUCAAUAACGGGAACAAUUCUGGAGAAAAGGAGAAGCUAUCAAAAAUCGAAUGCGGAACAGAUGAAAUAUUUCUUAGUUUCAUUGAUUAUCCUACUGGACAUGUAAAGCUCAAAAAUUUGAACAGCUGGGAUUUCAAUAUUUUUCAUAUUCGAAAAAUAAGCUGCAAUUACACAGUUCGUGAAAUCGGUUUACAAAUUUUGGACGAAUAUGACUUAUUCCGAAAAUUGAAAUUAAAUUAUUUCAUGAUGGCUAGGAUAUUUACUGCUAUUGAAGCUGUUUAUCACAAUUACAAUCCCUAUCACACAGCGCUGCAUGCCGCCGAUGUCCUUCAAGCGGUUCAUUGUUUCAUAUCUCGAACUAAACUAUCUUCUAUUCUGAAUCCAUCAGAGAUAUUUGGUGUUCUACUGGCUGCUGCUUUUCACGAUGCAGACCACCCCGGUGUUAAUCAGUCAUAUCUAGAGAAGACGGGAAGUUUUUUAGUUGAUUUACAUAAAUCUGUGUCAGUGCUGGAAAAACACCAUAUUAAAGUUGGUUUGUGCGCUCUCAGAGAAAGUGGACUUUCCGAGUGUUUGGAACAGGAAGAUUGGAAAACUUUUCGAGACUGUUUUGUGCAAGUAAUUCUGGCUACUGAUAUCUCAUAUCAAGGAGUAUAUCGAAAACAAUUUGCGGAGUUAACCAAAUCUUGUACAGUUAAUAAAUCAGGACCAUUUACUCAGUCUGAAAGAAUUCUACUUAUGCAGAUGGCUUUAAAAUGUGCCGAUAUAAGUAAUCCAUGUCGCAAUUGGCCAAUAUGUGAAGAAUGGGCAAAACGUGUUUGCACUGAGUUGUUCUGUCAGGGUGAUAGAGAACGCUAUCAAUGGUCACUACAACCUAUACCAGUUAUGGAUCGAACUAAAUUCACUAUACAGCGAUUACAAAUCGGGUUUGUCAGAGAUAUGGUGAAACCAUUGUUUACACUUUGGCACGAAUUUUUACAAAGUGAUCUGACAAUGAUAGUUUUGCAAUACUUAGAUGAAAAUUUGAAACUAUGGCUUGACCAAAUGUCUGGCGUAGAAGUGAAAUGUCCAGCUACAUUCUAUCGUCUUGGUUCAUUAGAUAGUCAUUCAUCAUUGGACUUAAAAGAUAUGCAGCUUGUUUCAUCUUCUAAUGGUGAAAGUGAUGAGCAAGGAGACGAUGAUGAACUAGAGAUAUCGAAUGAAAAGGCCAAAGAGGAUCUACAUCAAUCAUAUAUCGCUUCCGUUCAUGCCACCAAUCAACCUGUUGAAAAUUUCAACACGCAAUACGAAGCAGUGGAUUCAGAUGACUAUUCUCCUCCAUCAAAUUUACAACAAACUGUUUUUAUAACAACACGUGUCAUCCGUAGACAUUCAUUGCCAGAAACUCAGUUGGCAAUCAGAAAAACAUUCAACUUCUCACUAUCGAAUAAACCGAGUAAUGUUGUUGUGCUAAAAAGUGACCCACAAACUAUUGUGCAGACAAAGUCACCAACUACACUGUCAUUCACCUCAACCAAUAAUAAUAAUAACAACAACAAUAAUAGCAAUAAAGAUAAUGACACUAAUAAUGAUAAUGGUAGUAACAAUCUCCUGCCAGCUCUUAGUAGGAUGAAAAUUCAGUCACCUGCUCUUAAAACACUAAUAACAUCUGGUACACCGUCAGCGAAUAUCUUACAAAUGCUGUGUGAAGAAGUAAUUAAUAAUACGUCGAAAUGCCUACCUGUCUCCAAUACAGAUGUCCGUUCAGUGCAAAAGUCAUUACGUCUUAAGGAUAGUAAAUUAGAACAGAAAACAUUGGACUUUAAUAGUGAACAUUCCUUUUUACGAUUCGCCGCUCUUGCUCAUCGCCGAAGUAGUGCACCAAUUACAGAACACUGA